ACCUGCGGCAACUCUACAGAAGCAGCUAUGAAGACACUGGCUGUUGUCGUACUCGUGGCGGUGGCCGCCGGGCAGCAAUUCGACCAACAAAGGCAGUUCAACACUGCUGUCAGACUCGCUACUCCUGGAUACUUCCAACAGUCGGGCAGGUUUUCUUCUAGCCAAGGCAGUGCUAAGCAAUUACAGAACAGCUUUUCCAACUCCAACAGCUUCAGUAACAAUCAGCAAGCUUCCUUCCAAUCAGGAUCAAGCUCAGGUGUGAGUUCUGGGGCAGUCCAGAACAGCCAGUUCGAAACCAAUGCUGGAACCAACCGCAAUCAAUUCCAGAGAGGUUCCUUCCAGCAAUCCCAACAGAAUCGUUUUGCCUCAGAUAACCUGCAGCAGAACAGGGCUAAUCAAUUCCGAAGUUUAAACCCAACAGAAUAUGAUAGGUUCACCCAAUCUAAUCAAUUCGGUGGUGCCAACCGUAUCCAAGACAACACCAACCAGAUCAACUCCGGAAGCCAGUUCCAGACUAGCAACAGUCAAUUAACAUCUGAAAACCGUUUCCAAACCAACAGCAACAGAGGGAGUGCUGCUGGUGCAUUCCUGACCAGCAUCAACCAAGGCAGACAACCCCAAACCAUCAACCAGGCCAACAUUGAAAGCAAUUUCCAGGCAAACAAUCAGAAGGAAAUUUCCUUCCGGGCAAAACAAAAACAGAAUACUGCUUCACGUUUCAGUCAGGAAUCUUCUAGGGCAUUCACAGGCCAGAGAGAUUCUCAAGCCUUUUUCCAGGAUAACCAAAGAAAUACUGAUUCCAUUUUCCCGUUUGCUUCCAACCAAAAUUCCAAAAACCGGGUGGUUUUGGCAGCGGUUUUUAGUACCGGGCAAACAUUCCGGGAGGAAAGGGGGAAAUUUUAUGCCCACUGCGUCAGGCUACCCAGGCCCGGUAUUCCAAACAUCGGGUGUAUCUCCUUCACGGCCUUCCAAAAUAUCGCUUCCAAGGCUUUUCUUCCGUCUAACUUCAAAAAAAAGGCCAGAGUCAAUUUUCAAUCCGUAAAACGGGAACUAAAACUUCAGGACUUCCAGGGGGCUAACAAUCGCAAAGUUUUUCCCAGCAACUUCCAGGCAACAAUAGCAAAGUUCUUCCAGCAACUUCCAGGUAAAACCAAAAAGCGAAUUUCCCCAGCAACUUCCAGGCUAAAAACAGCAAAGUUCCUCCAGAAAACUUCCAGGCUAACAACCAGCGAACUUCCAAAAAAUUUCCCAGGCAACAAUCAGCGAACUUUUUUCCAAAAAUUUUCCAGGCUAAAAAAAUCAGCGAACUUUUCCACAAUUUCCAGUCCAAACUUAAACCAGGGACCCCCCAACAACCGCCUCUCGCAAAACUCUCGGGUCUCUCCCAUUUCCCUUUCGGGACUUCCUCCUCCGCGGGGCGCCGUCGAGGGGUUUUCACCCCUUGGAACUUCCCUCGGGGCCAGUGCCCCGUGGGAGCAUCUCGCCUCCUUUUAG